AUGUUUAACUGGAGCGGCGGUACCAGUUGUGCGGGGCAGCCCGGGCCGGCUGGCGGUGGCUGCUACCGGGACGGGCCGGGUGCUGCGGGCAUGCAGAGCGAGGUGGGCUGGGGGCGAAUGGAGCCGGAGGGGGAGCGGCGCUGUGAGCCCCAGCCAGGGGCACGGCCCAAAACGCUCCCACGGGGCCCCGAGAGACCGAGCCCCGGAGACGAACAGGAGGGCCCCGAGGUGGGAAGAGAGACACGUCUGAGAGUGGUGCUGAGAGUCCGGCCACUGACCUGCACAGAGACUCGUCGAGGUGACCAGCGGGUUGUGCACAGCCUUGGUGACGGCACUGUCUAUGUGAGUGCAGCCAGGCACGAUGCCACCUUUGGCUUCAGUGCCGUGUUCGACAGUGGAGCCUCGCAGGAAACCGUGUUCGAAGGCAGUGGCAUGAAGCAGUUGGUGGAGCUGGCAAUAGAUGGCUACUCUUGCACCGUCUUUGCCUUCGGGCAGACUGGCUCGGGAAAGACCUACACCCUAAUGGGACCCCUCACCCAGGGCGAGACCCAGCCGGCGGCUCCCGGGCUGCUGGGGCUGAUGCAGAGGUCCUUUGCUUGCCUCCUGGAGCAGAGCCGGAGCCGCAGCUCUGACCUGGUUCUCAGUGCCUCCUACCUGGAGAUCUACAACGAGCAGGUCCGGGACCUGCUGAGCCCGGGACCGCCCUGUGCCUUGCCGCUGCGGUGGAGCAAAACCCGUGGCUUCUACGUGGAGAACCAGCUCAGUGUGGACUUUGAGAGCCUGGAAGCCAUCGCCAGCCUGCUCCAGCAAGGUGCUGAGCCACGAGAGCAGGGCCAGGCCUGUUCAGGAGGUGCCAGACCCAGAUCUCAGAGGCGACGGACCUCAGCACACGCCCUCAACAGGCACUCGAGCCGCAGCCACGCUCUUCUGACCAUCCACGUCUGCAGCCGGGCUCCCAGCACCUACCCGAGCAAGCAGGGUACGCUAUGCUUCGUGGACCUGGCUGGCAGUGAGCGGGUAAAGGAGACUGGCUCCAGUGGGGAGCUCUCUGUGGAGGCCAACAACAUCAACCGCAGCCUCCUGGCACUGGGACACUGCAUCUCUCUGCUGGCCAAACCCCGAGGGAAGAGGACACACAUCCCGUACCGAGACAGCAAGCUCACCCGGUUGCUGGCUCGCUCGCUGGGUGGCUCGGGCAUCACUCUGAUGAUUGCCUGCAUCUCCCCAUCCUCACGCUGCCUCUCAGAGACCUUGAGCACACUGCACUAUGCCAGUCAGGCCCGGAGGGUCACCACCAGACCCCUGGCUAACAGGGUGCCCCGGGAGAAGCUGCUGAGAAGUUUGGAGAAAGAAAUCCAAGCCCUGCAGCUGGAAAAUCUCUCCCUGCGCCAGCAGUUGUGCCUGCCCAGGGUGCCGAUGAGGAACACAGAGGUCCCGGGGACCCCUCUGAAAGUGGGGUCCUGUCCAGGCUGGGGAGGCAGGUAUGGCCCCAUAGAGCAUCUCCCUUCAAGGGGAGCCCCAGUGGGGCCCAGCCUCUAUGGCCUCCUGAGGGACUGCAUGGUGGAGAAUGAGCAUCUGAGGCACCCCCAACUGCCCCCAGACCUGAGCAGUGCCAUCCCAGCUGGCCCACCCCGCAGAGCCACCCGCAGCUCCUGCAACAGCCAGCCCCAGCUCCGGAGUGCCCGCACCCCUGGUGUCACCCCCAGUCACCCUGUGAGGUUCUGGCAGCCUGACAUGACUCCUGCCUCCGGCUCCCAGCUGCCAAAGCUGCCUCCCACCUCUGUCCGUUCUGGUUGCCUGGGGUGCCCCCAGUGCUGCCCUGAGCCAGCUGAUGCCACUGUGUCCCAGGCACUGCCAGGACCCCCCAUGCUACAGCAAGUCACCCCCGAGGGAAAUGCUGGCAUCCUCCCACCUGACCAGGAGGUGGCUCUGCCCAGCUCUCACCAGCUCCUCGGGCACUCUCAGUCACACCAGCAGAAGCGGAGCCGAGGCAGGAGCAGGAGCUUGGCUCAGCAGCACCCAGUGCGUCGGCAACUGCCAGGUCCAGAGCGUUGUCCCAGCCCUGAGGGAAGGGUCAUCCCCUCAGCACCACCAUGGCCAGGACUGCUGGAGCCAAGAGCUGCCAGCACUGUCUCUUUUCUCCAGUUGGAAGAGGCACUAGACUGGCUGGCAGAGCAGAUUUGAACAGUCGUAGCCACACCAAGGAUGGGGCCAGUAGCAGGGAUCCAACACGGCCCACACACAGUUACUACACUUGAGGGGAUGACCACAGCCCUCAGGAGCACAGAGAUCUUGGACGACAGGGACUGCACAGACCACGGCAUGGAUGGACAGAUGGGACUCUCCACUUUAUUUCUGUCUAGCUAGGGGCUGGGCAGCCAAGUGUCUCUGGCAGGGCCCUUUCUCCUCUCUCAGGCGCUCUCCUCCUCCGUCUGAGGGCAGUUCAGCCAGUAGCGGGCGAUGGAGCGAGGGUAGCGGGGAUGUGCUAGGUCCACACGCUUGGUGCGCAGGUUGACGCGGUAGUACUUGUCUGGGAGGAAGGGGAAUGGCCAUCAGGACUGCCUGCCAGCCCUCCCUGCCACCCCUCAGCACCUUCCUGCUGCACCCCAGAGCUCAAGGACGUUGCAGAGUGAGAGGAGGCCUGCUCCUGCCCCAGCAGCCUUGGUUCCUCAUCUCUCCCAAAUCCUGCUGCCCCAGACUCACCUCCUACAAAGAAGUAGACGCUCUGGAGGGUCUCGCACUUGGAUCCCGACAGCCAAUCAUUUUCAACGCCCGCCGACUCGGAGUCAUUUUGCAGCCAUCCCCAGAAGCCCAGGUUCAGUGACCGAUGGUUCUUGUACCUCUUGCGCUGGUGGCGAGACUUCCUCCUCCGGUGCUGGUGGGAGGCCACGUAGAUCCUGCCAGCCAUGGCAGCAUCCAGCCGGCUGGGCACCCCCUUCCAGUCUCUGCUGAUGUACCGGGGGCUGCUUGCCCCAACUGGCAGAGAGACAGAGGGUGAGUGAGAGGGGAAGCAAUGUCUGGGGCUGAUGCCCCAGCACCUACUCCUAGACCCACAGGGAUGCUCCAAAAGAUCUUAGCCUGCAUGGGAUGCAUGACAGGGAUGUGGGCCAGGCAGAGCCAGGAGCAAUCCCUUGCCCCACCUUUGACUAGGAUCAGCCCUGUGCUGUUGAACCCCUUUCUCCUCUCUUCCAUCUUUAAUAUCUCUUACGUAGGGAUGGGAUUUUCUUGUGGCAUCUCCAGCUUGAAAUAAACAGGCCCCAGUAAUGACA